AUAGAUAUUGUUUGUUAAAGGAUUACUCCAUGGGAAUUCCAUUGAGGAGAAAGAACCUUUGUCCAUUCGAACCCUGUGACAAGCGUCACUUGCUAAUCUCUCUGCUUGCAGCUCCGUGUGCUGAGCUUGUGCUUGAGUCUGUGUUCUGGGAGUUCUAACACUCCCAAGUGUCCCGUGCGUGAGUUGUAUGAUAGUAUUAAGUGAUGCUGGUGCUUUGGGGGCUGCUAUUGUUCCUACCAAUAUUGGGUCUGUAUCUGUGGUUCUAUCAUGGAUGGGGGUGUUUUUUCCGAGAGGAUGCCAUUCAGCCCACUCAGCCUUUGGUAACAGAUAAAAGAGCAAGAGACAAGGUCCUGCGGCAAGGCUUUUCUCAGGACAAGGUCCCUGCCAGUCUGGAUGCACUGGUUAUUGGCAGUGGGGUAGGAGGUUUGUCCGUGGCUGCUUUACUGGCAAAAGCUGGAAAAAAGGUCCUCGUUUUGGAGCAACAUGAGCAGGCCGGAGGGAGCUGCCAUACCUUCCAACAGCAUGGAUAUGAAUUUGAUGUUGGUAUUCACUAUGUUGGACAAAUGCAUGAAAAUGGCAUGAUGCGUAUAAUUAUGGACCAGUUGACUGAUGGGCAACUUCAGUGGAACCGAUUGGCUGAUGACUACGACUUUGUUAUGGUUGGACCCAGGCAGUACCUAAUAAGUGCAGGAAAAAGGGGAUUUCCAGAGCGACUGAAGAAGCAGUUUCCUGGGGAAGAAGAAGCCAUUGAUAAGUUUGUGGCCAUGAUGAAAAAGGUCGCCCGUCAUGUGGCACUCUUAGGGGCUCUAAAGAUUUUACCUCAAUGGCUGUCACUGUUCCUCCUGCGCACUCGGAUCCUUCACAUGUUUUCCCCUAUCUUCUGGUUUUCUGAGUCCAGCCACCAAGACGUAUUAAAUAAACUAACUAGCAACAAAGAUUUACAGACUGUCUUCAGCUAUGUGUUCUAUGGUGUUCCACCCAAUGAUUCCAGCUUUAUGAUCAACUCUCUCCUUUUACAUCACUACAAGAGAGGGGCAUGGUACCCCCGAGGGGGCAGCAGUGAGAUUCCCUUCCACAUGAUCAAUGUCAUUGAGCGUGCUGGGGGUAAAGUGCUAGUCAAAGCCCCUGUGACGCGUAUCCUGCUGAGCAAUGGCAGGGCUACAGGGGUGGCUGUGAAGAAAUCAGGGCAAGAGAUUUGUGUUUCUGCACCCAUCAUUAUAUCAGAUGCCGGGAUCUUCAAUACCUAUGAAAGGCUCCUGCCCCCAGAGAUUAAACAGAAACCAGAGGUUGCCUCCAUUCUCUCCCGCCUACAGUAUGGCAUGGGUUGCUUUUUGGUUUUUGUUGGUCUUCGUGGGACAAGUGAUGAGCUGGGCUUAAAAUCAAUCAACUACUGGAUGUUCCAAGGUGCUGACCUCAACAGCCUGAUGGACCAGUGCUCUUUGUCAACACUUGAUGAAUUUUGUGAGAAUCUGCCACUGAUGUUCAUAACCUCCCCCUCUGCCAAGGACCCAACAUAUAAUCUGCGGCACCCCGGGCGUUCCUGUAUGACCCUCUUGACUAUGGCUCCGUAUCACUGGUUCUCAGAGUGGAAGGAACAUCAGCCUCGACACCGUGGUGAUGACUACUACAAUAUGAAAAUGAAACUGGCACAGAAGAUGCUAGAAAGAGCGCUAAAGGAAAAUCCACAGCUUGAAGACAAGGUUGAAUACAUGGAAGCUGCAACUCCGCUAAGUAACGAGUAUUACCUGAGAGCACCAAAAGGAUCGAUGUACAGUGCAGAACAGAACUGUAGUCGAUACCAGAGUGACAUUAUCGUAAAGAUGCGGACACAGACAGCGGUGCCAGGGCUUUACCUGACAGGGCAGGACGUGUUUAGCAGUGGCCUGGCGGGAGCAGUACAUGGUGGGCUGCUCUGUGCCUGCGCGGUUCUCAACCGGAUUCUGUAUCUGGAUUUAAUCAUCAUGAAGAAGAGACUUAAAAGGCAAAGAAUGAAGAAGAGAGAUUGAGACGCACAAAAACCUAUCCCAGGAUGUGCUCACAGUGACAAAUAUACCCCCAGUAGCACAUAGACAGUGGUGUGUAUAUGGAAAGUGUAACACAAGGGAGCUCCUGCACAGUACAAGUAACACACAGCAAACACUGUUUCACAAGUAUAUUUAUUGUGUUGUAGUGUUGCUCGACAGUAUUAUACAUUUAUCCAGUUGAGUUACCAGAAGGCAGUACCCUGACUCAUUUAAACUACAUUUCCCAGCAUCCCCUGACAGGAAAAGACCUGCUGGUGGUGCUAUGUGUUAGUGCAGGAAAUGCAGGUUUUGAUUGUCUGCUGUGUAGGAUAUAUGACUCUCCAUGGGAGAGUUGGCUUGCUCAACCCCAUUUCGUAUUGAGUUGUUAUACAGUGCACGCCACUGCAUGUAUUGUUUAAUAAAAAUUCAGAUUGAAUCUUAUUUUGGUCUUUUUUUAAUUUGGCAAGAAGCAACAUGUUCAGGCCCGGAUUUGUGGCAAAUAGUGAUGGGCGAAAUAAUUCGGCAGGCAUAGAUUCGCCUGUUUUUUCCUAAUGUUUCGCUCUUAUAUCUCUUACUUCUUUUUAUUAACUCAGUAUCAUUAUAUUAACACACGUAACCCUUCCUUUUAACAAUUAUUCCUCCUAUUGCUCCAUAUAAUUCCUCCCUUCAGUUCCUCCUAUAGUUCCAUAUAUAGUUUUCUUAUCUGGCCAUUGUCCAUAUACCUUCCCUUUAACUCUUUUUGUUUCCUAUAACCCUCCCUUUAAUUAUUCUAACCCUGCCUAUAACUAAAAUUUCUCCAAGUAACCCACCCUAUAUCUCCUCCUAUUUCUCCAUAUAACCCUCCCUAUAACUCCUCCUAUUGCUCCAUAUAAACCUCCCUAUAACUCCUCCUAUUGCUCCACAUAACCUUCCCUAUAACUCCUCCUAUUGCUCCAUAUAAACCUUCCUAUAACUCCUCCUAUUGCUCCAUAUAACCGUCCCUAUAACUCCUCCUAUUGCUCCACAUAACCUUCCCUAUAACUCCUCCUAUUGCUCCAUAUAAACCUCCCUAUAACUCCUCCUAUUGCUCCACAUAACCUUCCCUAUAACUCCUCCUAUUGCUCCAUAUAAACCUUCCUAUAACUCCUCCUAUUGCUCCACAUAACCUUCCCUAUAAUUCCUCAUUUUGCUCCAUAUAACCCUCCCUAUGAACCCUCCUAUUGUUCCAUAUAACCCUCCCUGUAACUUCUCCUAUUGCUCCAUAUACUCCUCCCUAUAACUCCUCCUAUUGCUCCAUAUAACCUUUCCUAUAACUCCUCCUAUUGCUCAAUAUAACCCUCCAUAUAACUUCUUCUAUUGCUCCAAAUAACCCUCCAUAUGAACCUUCCUAUUGCUCCAUAUAUCCCUCCCUAUAACUCCUCUUAUUGCUCCAUAUAUCCCUCCCUAUAACUCCUCUUAUU